CUAAAACAACAAUAAAUCAAAGCAAAAAUCAAACAUUAAAACAGCAUAAAUAAACGCGAGGAGUAUUUUCCUCAAAACUAAAAUAUUUUUUUCGUCCCUCAAUAGCAAGCUAAACGCCAAAACGUGCAGCAAGUGAAGUGAAAGCCCCAAGUGCGCGACAAUUCGGAAUAAAACGCUUGCAAAUUAUGCACAAUUGCUCGGAAUUCAAAUAACGGACAACCGCACCAAAAAAAAAAAAAAAAACAAAAUUGCAAAAUUUGCCGACUAUAAAAACAAGAAAAGCCAGCAGAAAACAAAAAAUCUAGUUCAGUGAGUUGUGAAAAUGCUGUGGCAAGCGAAAACUAGUGACAUUGUGCUGACUGCGAUGACUACGCGCCGCUGCAAUAGCACAAACAACAACAUUGUCGGGCUGCCAUAGACAUUGCGAAUUGUCGCCGCCGCGGAAAACAAAACUACGCACGCGUGCGUCUGUCGGUUUGCCUGCCACAUUUCUGUGCAUACGCAAAUGACUGCGACAGCAUAACGCGAACGUGAACCAGAACGCGCUUAGCAUAAAUAAAAUAUUCYCGAUAAUUUCGAUGCAUGAAAUUUGAAUGAGGCAAGCGAGCAAAAAACAAAAAAACUAGCACAUACAUACAAACUAACAAAAAUAUUUUGGUGCUUAAGUGAGUGUGUGUUUAUGCCACUGGAGUAAAGUGGUUGUUGCUUGCAACAUUUCUACAUUUUCCUCAACUGAAACUGACAGUAGCGACAACAUUUUAAAAAAGUGAUAACGMAAAAAUUACAACAACAGCUACAGCAUGCACUAAAUGCUCUUGCGUAUGUGUAUGUGUAUGUAGUAGCUGAAARCAGCUGCCAGCGCCGCACGAGUGACUCACCGCCUGCCAAGCAGCGCACAAGUUACUGUKAGAGCGUAUUAAAAAUGUGCAUGUGUGCAUAUAUUUGCAGAAAAAUGCAUAGAGCGUYGAAAUGUAGCAGCUGCUGCUGAAAUAUGGACAGCCGUAAACGUGUGUGAGCGGUCCSAAACAGUCGUUGUCAUAAAAGCGGCAUUCGAAACUUAAAAAAAAAAAUUCCAAAAAUAAAUGCAAAAAUUACUGACAUUAAAAUUUCAUAGUGCACAUAYAAAAUGCUAAAAAUGUCAAAUAGUUGCAACAGUGUCAAUGCCGUGMAAAAUGUAAACAAGCAAAUCGCUUUUCCCUCUCCAAGCAACAUUGCAGCGUUACGCUUGACCUUUCCGCUGACCAUGUCAACAAGCAACUACGGAGUGUAAACCAAAAAGUUGCAAGCAGAGCUAGACAAACAAUACGGUAARCAAAAACGCUGAAAAGUUCUGCGCUGAGCCACGAGUGAAAGUGAAAGUSGAAGUGCAGGUUCAACAGAAGCUGCAAAUAAUUGAAAACCUUGAAAAUAAAUUAAUUGAAAUAAGCUGUGAGUGUCCGCUAACGCCCAUUUAGUUGAAGCGAAACGCAUUUGAGGAAGUAGCAGGAAAAAAAAAUUUUAGUUACUACAAAAAAAGUUAAACAUCAGCAGUCAACAUGCUGCCGCAACGUUGUCUCUGUGGCAACAACUUGCUGCGCAUCACAAUGAUGGUAGUGUUCGGCUUGGCAAACCUAAAUAAUGGUCUCACAUCGUACGUUACGCAGGACAACAUUAAUAAUGAACUACACCGAAAUAUAAAUCAAAAUUUAAUUAUUUCGCCCGCGUCAGCCGGCAUUUCCGGUCCCAUUGUGACGAGCAAUUAUAACGGAGCUGCGCCGCAGCCGCCCGCCCAGCCAGCCCCCGGUCAUGGCACUUUCCACGGCAGCUACAGCGCCGCCUUCACAUCUUCAUCAGAUAUGCCUUAUCCGCCCUCUUCCAUUUCGGCGUCCUCAUCGUAUCACCAACACCAACAUCAGCAGCAACAACAGCAACAGCAGCUGAAUCUACAACAACCAUACCAUCAAACAAGUGGGAGUAGCAUAACAAGUUUCGAUUCGGCAAAUGUAAUUGAUGAGCGACACCAACAGCGGCACACCCAUCAACAUCAACAACAGCAGCAACAGCAACAGCUACAGCACUUGGCGCGUCCUCUGCACAAAGUAAUUGGCGUGGGGCUCGGCGGCGGUGCUAGUGGUGGUGGUGUUGGUGGGCUUGAGCACAACAGUCUCGGCGAGGCGACGCUAGACGGCUCAGCCGAGAGCGCCAACGCCGGCUUGGAGGAGAUCUAUGCCGCGCCCAUGUACUUCGGCACGGAGAACUCCACAAUUGUGACGACGCAAAUUGGCGCGUCCGCACAUAUACCCUGCACCGUGCAUCACAUUGGCGAUGGUGUGGUAUCUUGGAUACGCAAAAAAGACUACCAUCUACUGACAGUGGGACUGACUACCUACAGCAGUGAUGAGCGAUUCAGUGCCACGCAUUUGAAGCAUUCCGAGGAUUGGACGCUGCAAAUAAAAUUUGUGCAACUACGUGAUGCGGGCGUCUAUGAAUGUCAAGUGUCAACCCAUCCGCCCACAUCAAUAUUUCUGCAUUUGAAUGUUGUCGAAGCGCGUGCUGAAAUCUCUGGACCGCCAAUACGCUAUCUGACUCCGGGCUCUACGCUGCGCCUGCAAUGUCGCGUCGUGCAAAAUACGGAGGCGUCCGAGUUCAUAUUCUGGUAUCAUGACAACCGCAUGAUCAACUAUGACAGUGAUCGGGGCAUAAAUGUUUCGACGGAGCCGGAUUUCCAAUCAUCGGAGUUAACAAUACAGCGCACACGCCGUGAACAUUCCGGAAAUUUUACCUGCGUAGCCAGUAAUACACAACCUGCAAGUGUGUUGGUGCAUAUUUUCAAAGGUGAUAAUCCAGCAGCGAUGUAUCACGGUCAUGUGGGCGGAUCGACUAAAUCAUAUCAAACGCAUUUGCAUGGCAUUACGGCCGUUGUAGCUAUGGCUUACCGAAUAAUACAAACAUAUGUGCAUGUUAACCUGGCAUAAUUACGCUGACGAGCAGCAACAACAGCGAGGAACACACAGCAGUUGAGGAGCGACGCGGCAUUUUGGUGCACGAAAACAUUUCGACGCUGCUGCACAUAAAUAACGCGUAUUUACUAACAAAAAACACACAUGAGUAUACACGAGUACACACAUACAUACAUACUGUAGGUAUUUAUAUGGCUAGGCAUUUAAGUUGAAUAAAACAUCUAAUAAGGCAUGAUGUAAGCGGGCAUAAUGUUAGUUGGUCAUGAGUUCACGGGUACUUGCGCGUUUGGGUGCUUGCGUUUAAGGGUGUGAAUGUGGGGUAAUUGUAUUGUUUGGUGGUGUGCGUGUGCGCGAUAAAUGUAAGCAUAGAAAGUCGUAUAGUAAUAACGAAAUGGCAUGAAGUAGACGAUUACGCAAUGAAAUCUGAAUACACUUGCAAGCGAAGUUGGUUAUAUGAACAUAAGUAUAUACAUACAUAUAUAUAUGUAAUGAAAUAUACUCGAAUGUCGGUAUAGAAUUUGAGAGCGUGAGGAUAUAGCAAACUAACAAAGCAAAAAUGGUGGAAAAUCAUUACAAAUGUCAGCGUGUGUGUGAUGUCUGUGCUUUUAUUUUAAAAUAUGGUUAUAGAAAAAUUCAAAAGUAAACUGAGCAGAA